AUGAGGAGGGUUCAUAUUUCAGCUCACUGUUUCUCAAUUUUCUUGAUUAUCUUGUUAGUCAACCAGUGUUUAGCCACUGUGGUUCAAAAUGAUGCAGCAAUGUUGGGAUCAAAUGAUCAUGUUUCUAAAGAAACAAAGGCUAAGGUAGGUGGAUUUGAAGAUUCUAAACUACCAGGCUGGGGGUUUGGAGGCCGUGGAUUUCCUUGGGGUGGUCCAGGAGGUUUUCGGGCCCCUGGGGAAGCUUUUCCUUGGUUUGGUGGAGGAGGUUAUCAUGGCCCUAUAGGUGGUGCUGGUGGUGGUUGGUUUCAUUGGGGGCGGUUGCCUUGGGGAAAUGGGGGAGGUCAUGGUGGUGCAGGUGGUGAUGGUGGAGGAGCAGGAGGUGAUGGCGGUGCAGGAGGAUUACCUGGAACACCCGGAACACCGGGAACACCAGGAACAGCGGGUGGUAUUUGGUUCCCCUGGGGAGGUUGGGGAGGUAGAGGCGAAACACCAGGUGUUAUUUGGUACCCUUGGGGAGGUAGAGGCGGCCAGGGUGGAUAUCCUGGAGGAACACCCGGAACACCAGGUGGUUGGUGGGGAGGCAGGGGUGGUAAUGGCGGAGGCUCUGGAGGGGGUGGUGGAGGUGGAGGAGGUCCAGGUGGUUCACCUGGUUCACCGGGCAGUGCUGGUUGCGGUGGAAAUGGUGGAGGCCCUGGUGGCGGUGCUGGUGGUUGCGGUGGCAGGGGUGGUGCUGGUGGAGGAUGGGCGUCAGAAAAGACAGCAAUACCAAAACCUGGCAAUGCAGCAUGUGGAAAUAUGAAGAUAGUGCCGGGUUCCAAUGGUUAUACUGUAACUUACGAUUGCGAUCUUUCUCGACCAAAUGAUGGUAGCCUGGAAUUAGACGCAAAUAUCUUCGGUGUUCAUGAUAUGUUGGCAGAGGUGAUAAAUUUAAUUAUACCAAUACCUUCUGCAGAGAAGUUAUCAUUGGAUUUGAAUUUGGACAGCAAUUUACCUGUUAAUGCUACUGGUGAAUGGUGA